AUGAAAUUUUAUAUCAUUCUUUGUUUAGUUGCAGCUACAUUAGCUGGAUCUUGUGGAUAAUCGUGUUGCUAAGAUUUAAAGACAAGAGCAGCAAUGACAUACCAUUAUUAUAUUAAUACAGGUCGAUUUGUUGGAGGCAGUGGAGACUCUGCAAUUAAAACAUUUGGAUAUUCAGGUUCUGGUCAAGUAUUAAAUAUCAUUUGAUAAUGUAGUAUAGAAAUGAUCCAGCAUCAUAAUGUAUAAAGAACAAAGGUCCUGCUCCAGCAACUACUUAUAAAAUUACUUUAUGCAAAAAUACAAUGCAUAAUCCCCCUGUUGACAGACCUUGUUCAUUUUGGAUUGAGCCAUUAGAUGAAUCUAAAAUGUGUGGAAGAAGUGAAAUCUUUAUUCAUGGUUGUUAAUGUUGUACUAAUGGAGAUUGGACUGAACCACCUGUUGAUGGAUGUUCUGCAGGGUAAAUAAAUAUUUGAUUACAUCAUAUAGAUGCGUCAUUAUAAAUGAAGCAAAUAGAAAGAAAUUAAGAGUUGGAGAUACUAUAAUAAUUGAGAAUAAAGAUCCAUUAGGUGAAGAUGUUUAAUUCUUGGAAGAUUACUCUUAUUAUGCAUAAGAAGAAUGA